GAAACCUAAAUGAGAAGGCGGUUCCCCAUCUCCGCUCCGAAAACAGGCGUCAGUUGAGAAAAUAAUUCGGCGAAGAAACGCUGUGAAAUUGUAGAAAAUGGAAAUUCUAGCUAGAAUCCGAGUUUGUUCUCUGAUGGUGACAAUCCUGCUCAGUUUCGUUUCCGAUCUCUCUGCCCUAUCUGUCACUGUAAACGACGUCGAAUGUGUGUACGAGUACGUUCUGUACGAAGGAGACACCAUUUCCGGCAACUUUGUCGUCGUCGAUCACGAUAUCUUCUGGAGCUCGGAUCACCCCGGCAUUGAUUUUACCGUAACAUCACCUGGAGACAAUGUUGUGCACACAAUGAAAGGAACAUCUGGUGAUAAAUUUGAGUUCAAAGCCCCGAGAAGUGGGAUGUACAAAUUUUGUUUUCACAAUCCAUAUUCAACACCAGAAACAGUCUCUUUCUACAUACAUGUUGGCCACAUUCCUAAUGAGCAUGACCUUGCCAAGGAUGAACAUUUGGAUCCCAUUAAUGUUAAAAUUGCUGAACUGAGGGAGGCAUUGGAAUCAGUUACCUCUGAGCAGAAGUAUUUGAAAGCACGUGAUGCUCGCCAUCGUCAUACAAAUGAGAGUACAAGAAGGCGAGUCAUUUUCUACACGAUUGGGGAGUAUCUUUUGCUUGCUCUUGCUAGUUUGCUUCAAGUUGCUUACAUCCGACGUUUGUUCAGCAAGUCAGUUGCGUACAACCGGGUUUGACCAAGACCGUUGUUUCUUCACCAUUUCUACAGGAACUGCAUUGAUGUUUUCUUUGCAGGUUAUUUAGAGAGAAAGAAACACAUACUCUCCUAAAACAAAAGUAACAUUGUAAUUGCUUGCUCUUUUUAAUUCCCAUCAACUUUUAUGUAUGCAGUUUGGUUUUUAUAAUCUGCCAUGUGAAGCUCUCAAAUGCGUUUAGAAGUGCUGUCCUCAUGCUCUUUGAAAGGCUUUGCAGUUUUUGGUUUUUAUAGAAGAUUUAAUAAAAACUGUAGUAACGU